ACGAUUCCUCAUUCUACACCCUCAAUCUUCUACCAUUUCUGACUGCGGUCAAACCAUAAAGACUUGCUAUACACACAAACCUCUCUGUUCUUACCGGACACCAGCAACCCGUUCCUCCCAACCCUUCUCCCCACUACCCACACAAACACCGCAAAUAUGGCCGAAGCUCAGAUUUCAAGGACGGACAACCUGAUGAAGUAUCUCAGGCUCGACCAGAAGGGUUCCAUCAUCGCCGAGUACAUCUGGAUCGACGCUGAUGGCGAGACCCGUUCCAAGGCGAGGCGCCGAAGAGCGCAAUGGCACAGGAGCGAAAACUCGGGGGUGACGGCGGCCCGGCUGCAAGCGGUCGGUUCGGGGCUUCUGGGGCUUCUGGGCCCCUGGGCCUCGCCUGGUCCGGCUCUGCUUCUGGCUGUGGCGGCCGUGUGGCAUGGGGCCUGGAGCGCAAGAACACUUGCCGAGAAGGAGUACGCUGUUGACGAUCUUCCCACCUGGAACUUCGACGGCUCUUCCACAGGUCAGGCGCCCGGCGACAACUCGGACGUCUACCUGAAGCCCGUUGCCGUCUUCGCCGAUCCCUUCCGUGGCUCCCCUAACAUCCUUGUCCUGGCCGAGUGCUGGAACGCCGACGGCACCCCCAACAAGUUCAACUACCGCCAUGAGUGCGCCAAGCUGAUGGAGGCUCACGCUGACCACGAGCCCUGGUUCGGUCUCGAGCAGGAGUACACCCUCCUCGACCUCAGCAACCGUCCCUUCGGCUGGCCCUCGAACGGUUUCCCCGCUCCCCAGGGCCCCUACUACUGCGGUGUUGGUGCCGGCAAGGUCGUCCAGCGCGACAUUGUCGACGCCCACUACAAGGCCUGCCUCUACGCCGGCGUCAAGAUUUCGGGCACCAACGCCGAGGUCAUGCCUGCCCAGUGGGAGUUCCAGGUCGGUCCUUGCAACGGCAUUGAGAUGGGUGACCAGCUCUGGCUCGCUCGUUUCCUCCUCGCCCGCAUCGCCGAGGAGUUUGGCGCCAAGGUCUCGGUCGAGCCCAAGCCCAUCCCCGGUGACUGGAACGGUGCCGGUCCUGCACAGCAACUUCUCCAGCAAGGAGAUGCGUGUUGA